UACAAUACCAUGGCCAAGCUCCACUUUUUUUCACCUAUUGAUCCCCUGCGUCUUCUGUUAGUUUUGAACACGGUUUUUACUCUCAACGCAUUUUUUUAACAUUUUCCAUAUUGUUUGUGCAAAACAAAUACUGUGGCAAUACCUCAUCUGGUGCUGGGUAUGUGAAGUGAUUUUCUUGAGAACAAUUGAACUGACAUAAUGGCUGAUUCCUCGUACGAGAAGGGACUGAGUGAACUAUCGAAAAUGAAGGUCGCUGAUUUGAAAGCUGAGUUGAAACAACGGGGAUUGCUCACCACUGGAAACAAAACCGAACUCGUAGAGAGACUGCAACUUGCUAUUCAUGGUGACUCCAGUUUAUCUCUCGACGAAACCACUGACGAGAUUCUGGACGAGGACGCAGUUCUUGGAGAUGAAGAAAUCGAGGAAUUAUCCUCCAAACCAGACUCUCAGGAUGUCGGGGAGAAGAGGAAAUCGACAGAAGAGACAAGCAGUCCCGUACAAUCCAAGAAGAUCAUUUUGAAUAGAAAUCCUGUUAUUGAGGAGGUGAAGGUCGGGGAACCUGAGGAGAAGGAGGAAAAGUCUGAGGCAGCUGGUGAUGAUGCACCUGCUAAGAAGAUUAUCAAACUUUCGGAGCUGGGGGUAAAGGAGCGUUUGGAGAUGAGGGCCAAGAAGUUUGGUGUUCCUCUCUCGGACUCUGCCAAGAAGGAGGCGAGAUCUGCUAGGUUUAAUAGUGAGAAUCAGAGCAAUGGGAAGUCCUCUGCGUCUGUAAAAACUCCCGUUAACACUUCUUACGAAGUUUUGAAGAAAAGGGCCGAACGAUUUGGAACCAAUGCCUCUGGGCUUAUGGAGAAGGCUGAACUCGAGGCGAGAAUAGAAAAACGUAAAGCUCGUUUUGGUGAAGUGAAACCCACAGAGAAAACAUUCCCCAACAGAGUAAAAAUCGUCAAAUGAUAUUCUCUACUUUAUACCAAAAAGUGAGCUUAGACCCCUAGCCAUAUACUUUUCUUUAUCCAAUGGGAAUCCCACCAAAAAUCAAAAGACAUGAAACUGUAUUGUCAAACCAAUUUUCAUAUUAGCACCCAUAAAACAGUGAUUAUGGCAAAGUAAAUUGACAAAGAUUAACCUUUCGUUUAUGAAUAUUUUAUGGAUUAGCGAAAAUGAAUGACUAAUACACAAUUUUUACGCAAAAAAUUAAUUUGUUUAUUUCAUUUUCUAGAUAUAAUCAGGCUUUUUUUCAUAAAUAUUAUGUAUACAAACAAGAAAAGGUCUACGAGACCGAAUAUUUUAUUUUUCAUGUCGAUAAAUUGUAUACUUUGAGAUAGAAAAAGAAUUAAAACAUAAAAAAAAAAACAAAGAUCAUGUAUCGUUUUGCCAGAGCCAAUUACACUGAUAACAACUUCAUUAAUAAUCGACUCUCCCCAGAGAAGAAUAAGAAAUAAUUAUGCGUGUGUUUUUCAAACAAGAAGAUCAUAUAAAAUAAAUUGCAUUCAUUGGAAAAAAAAAAA